AGAAGAAGAAGAAGAAGAAGAAGUGUUGGUAGUCGACUUGUUGAAUGACAGCGGAUCAAAGUUUACACUUUGUUUACAGGUGUUUCUGUGCUCGGGAACAACUCAGCACACCUGGGCGCAGAGUCGCAUCGUGUCUGACACCUGACCGGCCGCCUCGCGAUCACAAACAAUGCGGGACCGAACUAAAGAGUUAGGAAACAAUGCAGAGGCUUCAGAUGAGGACGAGGGCAGCGCUCUCAUGAUCAAACCUGGAACCUCUUCAGCCAAAGAGGAGAAGGAGAAUGAAGCUUUCUUUAAAAAGGCGCAAGAGAUCCACGAGGGGCUGCAGAGCCUCAAGAGCAUGGUGUCUAACCUGGAGAACAAACAGAAGACUGUGCUGGGUGUGGCGCUGCCGGAGGAGAGUAUGAAGAAAGAGCUGCAGAGUCUUCGAGAGGAGAUAAAAACGUUGGCGAGUCAGAUCCAGAGAAAACUGAAGAGUAUUGAACCGAAGAAGGGAGAGGAUGAUGGGAAAUAUAUACCCAUCAACAUUCGGAUGCAACGGACCCAGCACGGUGUUUUGUCAAAGGAGUUUGUGGAGCUGAUGGGUCACUGUAACACCAUCCAGGCCCAGUACAGAGACCGUAACGUGGAGAGGAUACAGAGGCAACUCAAAAUCACGGGGACCAACGUGACAGACCAAGAGCUGGACGCGAUGCUGGAGAGCGGGCAGACGGAUGUUUUCACCCAAAAUAUCCUGAUCGAUGCUCAAGCUACAAAACAGGCUCUGAAUGAGAUCGAGUCCCGACACGACGAGAUCCUGAAGCUGGAGAGGAGCAUCAAAGACCUGCACGAAAUGUUCCAGUACCUCGCCAUGGAGGUGGAGGCUCAGGGGGAGAUGGUGAACCGCAUUGAAAACAACAUCAAACAGUCAUCAAACUACGUGGAGAAGGCAAAAGAGAACACAGAGAAAGCCGUCACGUAUCAGCAGAAAGCACGAAAGAAAAAGAUCUGGAUAGCGAUCUGUUUGGCCAUCCUCAUCCUCAUCCUAGUCAUCUCAUUGGUCACCACCUUCGGCACCUAACAGUGUGAGUCGGUGGCUGGUUCAGCAGAAGCACAUUUAAAAAUGAAAAAUCACCUUUUAUGUAAAUAAUUUCAGCCCACAGGACGUUCGGGUGAAUUUAUCAGUUAUCAUCCCUCUGCUUUUUUUUUUUUUUUUUU